UGUAAGUCAUGUCAUCAGGAGCGUCUGCUUGCAAUAAUGCUGUGGCUCUCUCUUCAUGGAUAGCUUUACAGGAGGAGUGGCACUCUCCAUCUCUUUAUGUUUCUUUCCUAGAUUUUUGACGUCUUGGAGUUGUUCUUGUUGGAUCGUAUGAUAUCUGAUGAUAGAUUCCAUCGGUCUUAGGUAAGAUCUUUAUGAACGAGAGAAUGCUUCCGGUGAAGAAUUCCGACCUCUGGCUUUUGUGAUAUUUAGUUUCUCUUGCAGGAUCAAUUCUCCAUCGACAUAACAUGGAUGUCAGUGACGAUGGCGAAGGCUCUCUCGAGGUCGGCACAACCGGCACCAUUGGCUCCCUGAUGACUCGAGAAUUAGAAUCCAUGAAGCACUCGGAACAAGCAUCUUCUUCCGCUCGAAGAAGACAACAAACAGGUCCCGUCUUCGUACCCUGCGGUGCUGCUCCUGGGAAAGCAUCGCGAAGGAGAAAUCAAGCAGAUGGAUGUGGCAGCAGCGGCAGCAGUAUCGGGCAGGGUCACUGUGCGGAUGCUCAGAAACGCCGACACAGCACACGCAAAAAUGGCCAUCGAGUUCCGAUAUUAGGGUAUGGUGACAGUCCGAUGGCUCGGAACUCUGGUACGGAUAAGGUGGAGAAGAAAGGUCAGGGUUACACUGUGGAAGUUGUCGAUCUGAAGUGCAGCAACCCGAUGAGCAACCGCCUCAAGAAGCUCAGCUUCUCCAAGCUCUCCGAAUCCAUCUCCUAGUCCUCGGGCAUGCUCAGCUUCUUCCCACUCUGUUCUCAGGUGCCUGUACAUUCAUUUUCACUCUGUGCUGUUCCACCGUAAAGACCGGAUCAGAAUCUGCCGUAAAAUUCAACUCCGAUUCGCUUUCAGCAGGCAUUAACUCGAUGUGUAAUACCCUCGAGAAAGGGAAGCUGCCCCGAGGGUGGGAGACUUUGACAAUUUGCACAGCCACCGAGGAAGAUAGAUACAAGAUUUAUGAGACGCGGAUUGGCGGUCACCAACCAAGUUGGAUAUGUCGGAUCACCGUAGCGGUCGAUCGUAAGCUUUCUAAGAUCGAUCACAUCUCUCCCUUGGCUUCCUACGCCAGGAUUCCAGGACAACAACGGUUGAUCGAGGUGCUCUUUCUCCUUUAAUUUUGCUUCCGCGGCCUCCUCCUUGCUCUCGACAUUCUCAAGCUUCUGUACAGUAAGUCGCCGCCUGAUACUUCGUAGGUCCUCCUUGCUCUUGAUUUAGGCAGUCGUAUGAUCAUAGUGUGAGAAUGGUCUAAAUACCGAAGACAUGGAAGGUCACAGAUAGCCUCUGGUAACAUCUGACCACCAUGUGGGCUGUAUGAAAAAUCCAACACUAGCAGGCUCUUGAUGUUUUCUAGGACUUGGCAGAACUGUUGCAAUUCUCUGAGCGCGGCUCGACAGUAGAUUGGUCAGCACGAUUCUAUGAUUGCUGGAGACUUUUUGAACAUUGUGCAGCAUAAUUGUAGUCCUUAUCAUAAGCAUCAUCUUUGAGUUCACCUAGCCAAUCGGUCAGUACUCGGCUCUCGAUCGGCUUCCCCUCAGCU